ACAACUAAGGGCAGAUCAUUGAUUGCCAUGUUUCUUACCUUUUGAUUGUAGAGCAAAACAUGGCUGAUAACGUGUUAGAAUGAAAUUCUUGUUCUAUUUCAUUGAUUGAUGAUGAUAUUUAUAUAAGGUGAAGAGGCACCAAUAUAUGCAUUGGUGUCCCAAACUUUUGCCUUCGCGUCCCAAAUUUUCCAAAAUUUGGGACACAAACAGUUACAUAACUAACUAUCUAAUUAAUCAUUAACUAACUAAUAAUUAAUCUAAUUUAGCAUAAAUAAUUAUUCUCAACAAUACUGACGCUUUAAACCGUUGAUUUCGCCCAAUACUACUACUCUCCCCGAUGUAAAAGAGCUCUAUUAUUAUUAUUAUUAUUAUUAUUAUUAUUAUUAUUAUUAUUAUUAUUAUUAUUAUUAGCUUCCUUGCUUGUACUAGGUGCCCUAUAUAUAUCCAUUCAUAUCCUCUUGUACCUAUCAAGAGGCAAUAGCAGCAAAUAUUAAUUAACAUUGAAUCACAUAAGAUAGAUUAUCCAAAUUAGUCUAGGAGCACCUUAAAAAAAUCAAUAGACAAUCAGAAACAAACAGAAGAAGACAGAAACAGCAUCCAUAUAUAUAUACUUGGAAACCUGAAACGAAUAAACAGCUGGACAUAAAAAUAUCACAAUUUGUCUUAUACAUUUGACAACUCUCCUCCCUUCUCCCAAACUCUGUCCCAUGGAGAAACUUCAUCUCCUAAUUCUGGUUCUUCUUCCCACACUCCUUGGGUUACCUCUGUUAUACAUCUGUGAGAUCCUAUGGCUAAGGCCCGAGAGGAUCAGAAGGAAACUGAGGAACCAAGGUGUGAGGGGUCCCAAGCCUAGUUUGCUCCAUGGCAACACCCAGGAGAUUAAGAGGAUCAGACAGGAGCUGGCAUCUGAUGAACAGAAGCAGGACACCAACAACUACAUGUCCACCCUCUUUCCUCACUUGCUUCUCUGGAGAGAAACAUAUGGGCCGGUAUUCCUAUACUCGACAGGAGCCAUGGAGGUUCUUUAUGUUGCUGACCCAGCCAUGAUCAAGGACAUGAGCCACUGUACGUCGACGCAACUAGGGAAACCGACUUACAUAAAGAGAUCUCGCAAACCGCUCUUCGGCGAAGGCAUCUUGGUGGCGAAUGGUGAUCUAUGGGCCUAUGAAAGGAAGAUCGUUGCACCAGAGUUCUUCAUGGAGAAGAUCAAGGUGAUGAUAAGAAUAAUCGAGGAGGCUUCUGUCCCACUUUUAGAAGGCUGGGAGACCAUGCUUGACAAUGCUGGAGGGAGUAGAGAGAUCUAUGUGGAUGAUCAUCUGCGGAACUUCUCAGCGGAUGUGAUAGCGAAGGCGUGUUUCGGGAGCGAUUUCACAACUGGGGAAGAGAUUUUCCGCAAGCUCAGGCAGCUUCAGACGACGCUUUCAAAGCAGGAUGCACUGUGGAAGCGUUUACCAACCAAGAGUAACAAAGAGAUACAAAAGCUAGAGCGAGAAGUCCGGUCGCUCAUCCUGGAUGUCGCAAACCGUGAAAAGAGCAUCAACGACGACGACAGUAAGCAUAACGACCUUCUUCGUACGAUUGUCGAUGGCGCUCGCCAUUGUCCCGGAUGGGGCGGCGGCACUGCGGAGGACUUCAUCGUCGACAACUGCAAGAACAUCUACUUCGCGGGGCACGAGACCACGGCGGUCACCGCCACCUGGUGCCUGAUGCUUCUCGCCACUCACCGGACAUGGCAGGACCGGGCCCGUGCCGAGGCUCUGGAGGUCUGCCAUGGACGCCCGACUCUGCCCGACGCCGACGCCCUCCGGCGACUCAAAACAAUCACCAUGGUGAUCCAGGAGACGCUCCGGCUGUACCCGCCAGCAUCGAUGAUGUACCGGGAAGCCUUGGAGGACGUGAAGCUCGGCGGCCUGGACGUGCCGCGGGGCACUAUCAUCCAGACUGCCAUGCUGAUGCUGCACCUGGACGAGGCCGUCUGGGGCCCCGACGCCCGCGAGUUCCGCCCGGACCGGUUCGCCGGUGGCGCUUCCGCGGCGUGUAGGCCGGCGAUGGCGCAAAUGUACAUGCCGUUCGGCCACGGGCCGAGGGUUUGUGCCGGGCAGAACCUGGCUAUGGUGGAGCUCAAGGUGCUGCUGGCGCGCCUACUAAGCAAGUUCGCGUUCUCACCGUCGCUGGGGUACCGGCAUGCACCAGCGUUCCGGCUCACCAUUGAGCCCGGGUUUGGCAUGCCGCUCCUCGUCGCCAGGCUUCCAUGAAUAACUAGAGUACUCAAAACUUGGAGAGAUUGCUUCUUUUCUUAAAUUCAGUUUCAUGAAUUUAUAAUGGGUUAUGUGUAACUGUGUGGAAUUUUUCGAAACAAUGUGCCUACCGCUCAAUUUCUAUUAAAGAAACCGCCAUAACACACCGGUCUUAUGAAAA